CUGGAUUUCGAAAACUAGCCCCCGCUCGCACAAGAACCCGAGGAAACCCCUCCUCUUCGUCCCCGUUUCCUGCGGCGGCGGCGGCGGCGGCGGCGGCAACCACCGGAUCGAGCGGAGCGACGAUGAAGAAGAUCUUCGGGGCCAAGAAAGACAAGGGCCCGCCGCCCUCCAUCCAGGACGCCACCGAACGGGUAAACAAGCGGGGCGAGACGGUGGACGAGAAGAUCAAGAAGCUGGACGAGGAGCUGGCCAGGUACAAGGACCAGAUCCGCAAGACCCGCCCCGGCCCUUCCCAGGAAGCCAUCAAGGCCCGCGCCAUCCGACUCCUCAAGCACAAGCGCAUGUAUGAGGAACAGCGCAACAUGUUGUACAACCAAACCUACAAUCUCGACCAAGUUUCCUUCGCAGCCGAUGGCCUCAAGGACGCCCAGCAGACUAUGAAUGCCAUGAAGGCCGCGAACAAAGAGCUCAAGGGAAUGAUGAAAACGGUCAAGAUCGAGGACAUAGAUAACAUGCAAGAUGAAAUGACGGACCUGAUGGAUGUGAGCAAUGAGAUACAAGAAACUCUCGGUAGAAGCUACAACAUCCCUGAUGAUGUUGAUGAGGAAGAACUUAUGGGGGAGCUGGAUGCUUUGGAGGCUGAUAUGGAAUUUGAGUCAACUGCAGUCCCGUCAUAUCUUCAACCGGAAUCUGAUUUUGAUGCCGACAUUAACUUACCUGCUGCACCCAUUGGCUCUGCAGCAGUCCCAGCAAGGCAGCAGGAGGAUGAGCUAGGAUUGCCAGCGGUGCCUCGAGCAUCAAUUCGCAGUUAGAAAUGUUUUUGUACCUUGAUCUUAAGUUGAUGUGAAAACUCUGUGCUUUGCACCUGAACAAUCUGAUGUAUGCCUUAUCUUCAUCAUGGUAAUGCUUCAGUUCCUUGGGUGUC